GGAAGAGGGUGGGUCUACUCUUGGAGGUGUGUUCAUUUACCACGGCUCCACCUCCAUGAGUCAACAUGCUCCUCUUCCUUAUUACCCUUCAGAGUUGUGACGACUGCUGCCAUUUUUCUCUGCUGCCUGCCCCAUAACACAUCAAAGCAACAUGUCGUCUGGAGUAAAAGUUGCAGACCAAGUGACAGCCAUUUACAAUCAGAUGAGAUUGGUGAAAAAUGACGCUGAUCAAAGGGAGCGAAUAAGAUUGGUGUUAUUAAGAAUUAACGAGGGCUUCAUUGAUGUGGAGGAAGGCAAAAUCUUUCGGGAAAAAGAUUUGGAAGACAAGGAUGAUGUAUAUGCAUUCUUUCUGAGUCUGAUGAAGCCUGAAGAGUGCUGCUACCUGCUGUAUGACUGCCACUAUGAAACCGUUGAAUCACCCAAGGAAGAACUCGUCUUUGUGAUGUGGGCUCCGGAUACGGCAAAAGUCGGCCUCAGAAUGCAAUAUGCUACCUCAAAGCGAAACCUGGCGCAAAUCCUGACAGGUAUCAAGCACAUCCUGGAGAUCAACUGCCCUUCUGAUUACGCCGAUAAGGAAGAUUUUGCGAAAAAAAUUGGGGGUACAGUUGUGAAGGUUGAGGGCAAUGUUUGUAUGCAUCAUAAUUGAAUGCAGGCACAUAUGCGUUAAACACAGCAGCCUGCCCCCCAUUUCAUUACAAGGUCAAUUUAAAGGGAUUUGGAAUGAGAACACCAAAGCUUCUUUGUUUCUUGCAUUGUUUUAACAAAGCUUGCAGGGGGAUGGGAUUAGGCUCCUAUAACACAAACCUCUGAUGUCUGUGUUCUAUUUAAGUGUCUAGUCACACCAGCUUUGCAGAAAAAUCUGUUUUGUUUAGAUGUAAUUGUAUUCGUUAUUUUUCAUAUCCAUAUAUUGAUACUACUGUCUCUGUCACAUGACUCUGUACAUUAUUCAAGUAAUUGCUGUUAUUAACUUACAGUACAUGCAUGCUGUUUGAAUCCAUGUGUAUUCUAAUAGACAGCAUUUGUCAUCUUUUAGGGAAUGGUUGAUAAUGUUAACUUGUUCACUGCAAAAAGUUAUGUCUUACACAUUCGACUUGAGUUAACUAGGUCAAAAGAGUUUCAUGUAAAUCUAAUUUUGUAGACUGUUACACUUUGAUGGAUACAUAAUAGUAUGAAUUUUACAGAAUUUUUAAUCAGUAAUCCACUACUAAAUUAAACUCCAACUAUUUUGAUAAUCCAUUAAUCAGUUCAAGUCAAAUUUCUUUGAUUUCAGCUUCCUAAAUGUGAAUAUUUUCUGGUUUCUUUGCUCCUGUAUGACAGUAAAUAUCUUUGGUGAGUGGACAAAAAAAAUAUAUACAGAUAAAUUGAUAAUGAAAAUGACCGUCAGUUGCAGCCCUAGUUUCAAUGAAAAUGCAGUAGGUGGUGCAUUGAGUAUGGUCAAUAAAUGAAAUGCAAUUAA